UUUUGUGAACACAUUGUAGAAACAGUUGCUGGAGUCAAGUAAAACCAUUACUGUCAAUGCUCUCUGUUCACCAAGAAGAAGCGACGUCAUUGGCGGAUGUGAGACCACGUGACUAACACUACCUGUUGAUCUCCGGCCAACUUCGCUCGUUUGUUAGGAGCAGACUGAAAGCGUAGGUGUCCAUACAGGAAGUGAAGUUUCCACAAGUUCUGUCGAGCCAAUUUAACGGCUGAGUGUUUUGUUUGUUUUUUAUCGGGGAAAUAUUUGUGUUUUUUUUGUUGUUGUUUUUUCCUUAACGAGCUCGUGGACUUCGACCUCGCAGCGGCACCUGUCUCACUCAAACAACAAGGAAGGAAGUCUGUCAUGCUGAGAGCGUCGCCGGUUCAAUAUUCAACAAAUGCGGCCGGUGGGGAGAUUUGAAACGCGCUAAGUUUUAUUCUCCAUGUUGAUCCAAUAACGCUGGCUUGUGACAAUCCUUUGGCUCUUUGGAGACAUCUAAGCAGGAUAAAGCUGCUUCCCCCUGAUGCCAGGACAAGAUGAAUACCUCCCUGGAGAUCAUGGAUCUUUCUAACGAAAACGUCUCGAUGGUCCACCUGGACGCGCCGAUCCUCCCCGAGAAGUCCGACAUGUCCAACCUGACGAUCAUCCAGACCAGCAACGGCUCCAUCAUCGAGAGCGACGGCAUGUUCCUGAACACCGCGGCUGCUCAGGCCCUGUCAGGGAUCUUCGUGUGGUCCGCCCUGCUCAUAACAUGUCACCAGAUCUAUACCCACCUUCGAUCCUACACGGUUCCUAAUGAGCAGCGCUACAUCAUUCGCAUCCUCUUCAUUGUGCCCGUCUAUGCCUUUGACUCGUGGCUCAGCCUUCUGUUCAUCAGCAACGACCAGUACUACGUCUACUUUGACUCAAUCCGGGACUGCUACGAAGCGUUUGUCAUUUACAAUUUCCUGAGCCUGUCCUUCGAGUACCUCGGAGGGGAAAGCGGAAUCAUGUUGGAGAUCCGAGGGAAACCCAUACAGUCCAGCUGUCUGUACGGGACGUGUUGUCUCGUUGGUAUGAGCUACUCCAUUGGCUUCUUAAGAUUCUGCAAACAGGCAACUCUCCAGUUCUGCGUUGUCAAACCCAUCAUGGCAGUCAUCACCAUCAUCCUGCAGGCCUUUGGCAAAUAUCACGACGGAGAUUUUAAUGUAAAUGGAGGGUACCUGUACAUCACUAUCAUCUACAACUUCUCGGUCAGUCUGGCCCUCUACGCUCUCUUCCUCUUCUUUUUCGCCACAAGCGACCUACUGAGACCGUAUGAACCGGUGCUUAAAUUCCUCACCAUCAAAUCAGUCAUUUUCUUAUCCUUCUGGCAAGGAAUGGUCCUUGCCAUCCUGGAGCGCUGCAGCGUCAUUCCCAAUGCGCUGUUCAUCGACGGGCAUGAGGUGGGCGCCGGCACUGUGGCCGCGGGCUGGCAGAACUUCAUCAUCUGCAUAGAAAUGUUCUUUGCAGCCAUCGCCCUCAAAUAUGCCUUCACCUGCACCGUCUACCAGGAGAAGAAGAACGAUGUGCCAGAGGGCGGCCCCCCGAUGCAAAGCAUCUCCAGCGGCCUGAAGGAGACCAUCAACCCCGGAGACAUGGUUCAGGAUGCCAUCCACAACUUCUCACCAGCCUAUCAGCAGUACACCCAGCAAUCCACGCAGGACGUCACCCAGCAGCACGGCGUGAACGGGAAAGUCCCCACAGACCUGAAGGGCUCCUGCAAGUCCGACAAAAUCAUGCUGAUUACAUCUGAUGAUGAGCUCUAGGCGAUUUUCCAACAACAUCCAAGUGUCUGUGCCCUUCCCGCUCUUAUCUUUGACCCCCCCAUCCCCAAUCUGAGGAAACGGCUGUGGCACAUAUCUCACAGAGCUGGAUUGAACCCAGGUGUUUAAUUUUCAUCAUCCGAGUAUUUAAGGUGGACUGCCCGGUUCUGUCCUGCUUCAAAGGUAAUUUAAGAACCAAGAGAAGGAUGGAGUUUUAACAGAUUCAGAAACGAUGACUGGAUCGUCAGAGAUCUGAUCCGUGCCCGUCUUGCAGUGAUAAUCAGGAAAAUGACAUGUCCCCUUCACUUCAUCAAACCGGUCUGGAGCUUUGGCGUUUCCUUUAAAUCAAGCUGUCGGAUGCACAGCUGCAUCCUUCUUUCCGGUCCUGCCACCGUCUCGAUGGCGCUGCCUCUCAGUGGCCGUCCGGCGUGUUCCCACUGAAUCACGUCGGCUUCAAAGAGCCUCUGAUUAAUAUGCAACACCAAGAUAGAUGCAGGGAAGCCAGCGACGACUGGAACGUUUCUCGCCAUUCCUUUUGUCUGGUAUUAACUGAGCUCUUCUCUGCACGGAUUCCUGACAGACAGAUAUUAGAUUUGGAGCAGGUAAUUCAAACUGCAAGAGAUACUCCACUAUCAUUUGUUUCUGCCGCUGCAAGGACAAAUUGGAUAAACCUUUCUCAUCCAGAGCGGAAGCUUGAAUAUGAAUUUUCCCAGCAUGUUGAACAGCCUGACCCGAUGCAGUUGAAAUGGCUGUUGGAAAGAUGCUAGUGAUUAGAAUUUGACAGCUUUUGCACUGUUUUGACUGCAGCUGCUGAUGCUGUCAACCACAUGUCAACACUGAUCAAGGGAGUGCAAAAUUUGAUUAGUGCCAGUCGUGCCGUUUUACUCCUGUAAAUAAUAUUUUGGCUUAUCGAGUGUUUCAAUCUUGUUGUAUUUAUUUCUUUAGCUCCAGAGGCACUAAAUUUGAAGUGUGUAUUGAUAAGUCAAUCAACCCUUUUAAAGAGGAAGUUCAUGUCUGUGGUUAAAUUUUUCUACCCUCUUUUGCCAAUUUUAGCUGUGUUUUGACAGAAUGCGUAUUGGUUGGUUUCUAUGCAAAAUAAAACUCAGAUUUGUGUCUGCAA